AUAAUAAAAUGAAAUGAAUUUUUUUUUUUAGCAAACUAAAAUGAAUUUUAGAAAUUGAAUUCAACGGAAAUUAAUUUUCAUGUUGAACCAUACAAAGUCAAUUCAACGGAAAUGAAUUUCCUUGUUCAAUGAAACGAGUGUGAGUCGUGAGCAUAGAAAGCACGCACCACGCAGUUGAAUCGGAUUCACUUUCAAACAGAGCGAAAAUGGUGAAAAAACUUGUACCGGACCCUCCGAACCUCAAGAAAUACGGUGUUCCUUUAUACUCCGUUGCUUGGGUUCCCAAAACCGUUCUCAAAUCGAUCCAAAAUGUAACCGCCGAUGAUUCCUCCGACGCCGAUCAUAAACCUUUGCCGGAGACGGCACAACCUGACGAAGGGAAGUACCUUGUGUUCGCCGGUGGCGGUGGACAGGGACGCAGCGGUAUACCUAAUUCUGUGUUGCUCGCAUAUUUCGAUGUUGCGUCCGUUUCUCUCUCUGAUUCACCGGUGUAUAAGCUAGGAACUAAUUCCGAGUUGCCUUAUAGAAUGACAGUUCAUCCCAAUGGAGAUGGCAUUAUUUGUGCGAUGGAAACGCCAAAGAGUUGCAGAUGGUUUGACUGGGAUCAAAACGAGACUGCUGAAAUUCACAAGUUGGGUCUGAAAGUGUCAGAGAAAGUGCUCACCGAGUUGGAUAAUGUUGGACUACAGUUAGCAUUGGCAUUUGACAAUGAUGGUACUACACUAGCAGCUGGUGGAGAGGACGGCAGUCUAAGGGUUUUCAAGUGGCCUAGCAUGGAAACUAUUAUCAACGAGUCUAAUGCUCAUUCUACUGUAAAGGAUUUGCAUUUCAGUUUUGAUGGCAAGUUGAUUGUCUCUUUGGGAGGUGGUGGCCCUUGCAGGGUUUGGGACGUUUCUUCAGCAAUAGCUUUGGCUACUCUAGCAAAUGAAAAUCGUGAAAUUUUUAGCUCUUGCAGAUUUUCCCAAAUAAAUGACGGGACUCGAGUUUUAUAUAUUGUUGCCGGGACAGAAAAAGGUGGAAGCAUCGUGACCUGGAAUACACAAACAUGGGAAAGGAUUAGUUCAAAGCUUAUUUCGCGUGAUACGAUAUGUGCAUUCAAUGUCUCAGCUGAUGGAAAAUUUCUGGCAUGCGGAACACCUUCUGGAGAGAUUGUAAUUGUAAAUUCAACAAAUAUGCACAUUCAUACAAAGAUAAAAAAUGCUCACCUUGGCAUAAUAACUGCUUUAGCUUUUUCCCCUGAUUCAAGGUUUGGAGUUUUUUUUUUCCUGCCAAAAUUUACUGUUUAUGGCUUUAUGCCCUGUUUGAAGGUAUUUUUAGUCAUAAUUGUGGGUUCUGUAUUCAGGGCAUUGGCUUCUGUAUCCUUGGAUUCAAGUGCAAAGGUAACAGUAAUUGAAGAGAAGAAAAAUGGAGGGCUGAGCUUGUGGUUUGCAAUACUUAUCAUCCUACUUGCAGUAGCUGCUUACUUCCUGAAGGUUGAAGGAAUUGAAAAGUUAAGGCUUCAAUAUUGGUAGCUAACAUCUUUAAAAAUAUUACUGCUUACCUUUGAAGCAUUUCCAUUUUUGGGGGGAUUUACAGAUACUUAUUUCAUAAUUUUCAUCAUUCUAAGUUGUUUUUCCAUCUGAUAUUCACCCUCUCACUAGUGCUGUGUAGAUUGUAUAAUUAUGGUGUUAAAUUGUUAUGAAAUAUCUUAUGGGAUGGUUCAAUCACGAAUUAAAUUGUUUUGGAUAUCUAUAUCUAUUUGGUGUCAUAAUUUUCAUG